AUGCCGGUGAAAAGGAAGGAAAGCGGUGUUGCUCCAGAGGAGACCAUCGAGAAGUAUUUAAAUUCACAAUGCAAGCCCUUUGCUGUCAACGAUAUUAUACAGAACUUGCAUGGUCAAUUUGGCAAAGCGGCCGCUUUGAAAGCGUUAGAGAGUUUGACGUCGCAGGACCGCAUUGUGUGCAACGUAUUUGGGAAAAUAUCAAUAUACUGUUGCAAAGAUGUGUUGCCUGAGGGAGCACCUGCUACGGAGAUAGAUCUGUCAAAGCUGGAAGAGAUCGAACAAUUGCGCGAAAAAGUUAUGGAAUUGGAGAGAGAUCGGAAGGGCUUACAAGAUACAGUGGCAAGUUUUAACCGAAGUCCGGAUAAUAACGAGCUCCCCAAUAUGGUCAAGGAGUUGGAGGUACAGUUUAUGGAGGAAGAGAAUACACUGCUGUGUUUGAACGAUAGUUGUGACCCGCUAAUGGAGGAGAAGAUUGGGAAACUUAGAAUCGCUGAAAGACAGUUGACUAAAGAUCUUAUAGCGAGAAAGAAAAUUUUGAAAAAUUUACUGGACAUUUUAAAGGAUCAGGUAGGCCCCAAAAAAUUGGCACCUUUGCUAGAGGACAUUGGAGUUGAGAUAGCACAAUAA